AUGACCGAGCUGGAGAAGCUCCGACGUGACGAAGCAACUGUUAAGGACGAAUUCAAGGCUGCCGAGAUUACCGUCAAGGAGGAGGACACCGAUUCCCCUGCCAAGGUUACCGUCAAGAAGGAGGAGAACGACCCCCCUGCCGCUAUAUUGAAGCGCUCUCGUUCCGCUACCGACCUUGCUCCAGCGAAGCGAUACAAGGAAAGCCGGGGUGAAGACGGCCGUGUCGUGGUUGAUCUGACGGACUAG